AUAUAAGUUCACAAACGGUACAGCAGGAACUGUUUCCGAGAUUGAAACUUUGAAGGUUUUUCAAGUUUACUGUUUAGUUUUAUUUACAUACAAUCGUGUAGCCACAUGGAUUAAUCCUUGAGCUUAGGUAGAAAUGUCAAGUUCUUCUAGAAAAUUACUACUUACUGGUGCAUCAGGGCUCCUAGGUAGAGCAGUUCAUAAACGGUUUCUUGAAGGAUCCUGGGAAGUUGUUGGUACUGCAUUUUCUCGGGCUACUGAUCAACUCGUAAAACUUGAUUUGGCAAAACCAGAAGAAGUUGAAGAUUUUGUGAAAAAGUCUAAACCAUCUGUUCUGAUUCAUGCAGCAGCCCAGAGAUAUCCAGAUCAGGUGGAGAAGAACUAUGAGGACGCUUUCAAGCUGAAUGUGGAAUCAUCAGAGUUACUUGCGAAACUUUCAGGUUCUGGUUCUCACAUGCUUACACAUAUUACUGUUUUUGGAAAUUAUGACAAUAAGUAGUUAUAUAGAAGUGUA